AUGAGCAACAAUAUGCCACCACAAGAACCACACGAAGACCAUCACGACAAUGUGUCAGAUUUGUCUUCAGAAGAACACCCAGUCCCAUUCAACCCCACAGAACAAAAUGCAAGCAACAGCAAACGUCCAUCAGUCGGAAGACGACUUUCCAGUGCCGCCAGUACUUUCUUUAGUGGUAGAUUAGAAGAUGUAGACGACGAUGACGACAAUGAUGUUGAUACACUAGAAGGACAAGAUUUCAAUGAUACAUUAUAUGCCACGAAACAACUAAGCCAUGCGCUUACUCACAAGAACCAAGAUGAAGAAGAAGAAGUUUCGAAGGCAUCUGAAACACCGGGGAAGGAAACUUUAGGCGAUUCAACUGAAAGCAGUGACAAUCUUCCACCCUCACCACCUCCAGCACCACCAAUACUGAGACGAAAAUCUUCAAUUGCUAGUUCCUUCGAAAAGGUUGAAAAAUUCAAAUUCUGGGAUAAGGAGUUCCGAAGUGAACGAUUGAAAAUCGCUACACAGAUUCUUAUCAAUUACAUCUUUCUUGUUGUUGGAUUUGCUGGUAUUUUGUGUAUCUACACCGGGUCGUACUACCAAAGAAGCACCAGGUACAAGAACUUGAAAAUGGCCGUGAUUAUAGCGGACCAGCCCGUAGGCGAGUUACCCAACAUUGUGGGUCAAACAAUCGAAUACUAUUUCAUCAAUGUUCCCACAGUUCAAACCGUGGGUGAUUUCCAUAUUUGGAACUAUACCAAAAUUGCCGAAGUAGCAGCUAGUCAUAAGAACACCAUCACGGAAGAAGUGUACCGCCAGAUUCACCAUCAGAAAUUCUGGGCAGCUUUCUAUGUCCACGAGAAUGCAACUCUUGAUUGGUACCAGGCCAUGUUGGCACAGUCGCAGACAUUCUCUCCUGUUCAGUCACUCAUGGAAGUUGUUUACGAAACAGGGAGAGACUAUAACGCGGUGGUGAACUACAUCACUACGAUUGUCAAUCAAUUAUUGAUUGGAUACAAUAAGUUCAUUCCUCAAAGUGGGUUGGUUGGUCACAUGCUAGAAACUCUCAACUCCACGCAGGCCAUAGGAGUGCUCAACAACUCACCCCAGUUGAUCUCCACGAUACCCACAUUUAGAGUCCAUGAUUUGCAUCCAGUGCCGAAUGCACUCUUUGCGGCCACAAUGCAAUUGGGUGGUGUUUACAUCAUCGUCAUGACAUUCUUCCUGCAAAUAUUCACCCUUCGUAUCAACAUGUUCUUAGCUUCCAAACUAUCUGGUGCACAAUUUAUCAUAGCCAAACUCGUUACUACGCAAAUCGCCUAUUUCAUCAUUUCAUUAGCAUUUGUCGUACUCAACACGGCGUUCCAAAUACCGUUUAAUGUCACAUUUGGACAUUCUGGAUUCCUAGUCAUCUGGAUGUUUGCCUUUUUAUUGAUGUCUUCCAUAGGAAGUAUAAUUGAAGUUCUCGUGAUGAUUGCCUUUGCGGUGAAACAAGCACUUCUUGGAUUUGUCCUUGUUUAUAUUGUUGUGUUGAAUUUAGCACCAGUUCUUUCCCCAAUUGUAUUGUGUCCUAAAUUCUAUCGUUAUGGAUAUGCUAUGCCAUUAAAGAAUUUUUAUGAUUUACUACAAGUUGCAUACUUUGAUGCGUGGAAAGGUCAUAUGGGGAGAAAUAUAGGUAUCCUAAUUGCGUGGAUCAUUGUCACAAAUACAGGAUUGCCGUUUGCUAUGAAAUUGCUAGCUCGUCAAAAGGCCAAGAUGGAGAAUAAGGAAAACAAGUAG